AUGGCGGCCAGCAGUUCCGAGACACUCAAAAUUCCAGUUCCGGCCUCUCUGUCACAAACCACUCCUAAACUACCCGAGCUUACCAACAAACUUCUCCUCUCACAUCUGCGUUCACAGACAAAUACCGUACCAGAAUUACAACAACUGCUUAGCGAUUCUUUAGCUCGUACUGGCUGGGAAGACCGUAUGCGCGCCUUGGCUCUGGAGCUCCUGAGGUCUGGUCGUUGUGAAACUUUCCCAGAACUUCUUGAUGAAGUACUGCAGCGUUGUAGGGUUCCACGAGAUGCAGAUCUUAGUAAGAGCACGGAGGAGAAAGAAGUAACGAGCAAGACGGGCGGUAAAUCUGUGCCAGGACAUACAGCGAAGAAGGAAGAGGAUGGCACAAGCACACCGACGAACACAACGACCCACACGAUGAACGGAAAUGGUGCAAUUGCGGUAAGAGAGGGCUGGUUUGGACCCGAUGGUUUGCCAGAUGUCAAGAUCCCAGUUGCGACUGUAGAGGCUAGUGUUGAGUUUCUGAAAGAGAGGGUGAGGAAUGUCAUUGAGGUGGUAGAGGAUGACUAA